GUUCACUCAGCUGAAUGAAGGUAAACUCGGCUGUUGAAAUAUUCAUACUGGUGUUCAACUUGGGUUAAGGUGAGAUAUUUGCAGUAGUGAAGUCUUGAUGUAAUGUUUAUUAUUCCCAAAUUUAUUACAAAAUGUAUUCUUAAGUCUUUUUGGAUACUUAAUCAACCAACUGUGUUUUUAAAAUCGCCCUUAUCAUCAAAUUGACGUGGUAAUUCACGUUAUAGGCUGGAAUCAAAGUUAAACCCUUCGAAAUGUUAAAAACCACGGAAAGCCUGAUCAAAUGGCUUGAAACAUUUGAUAAUAUUGAUCGUAAUAUUUCUAUUGAACAACUGUGUGAUGGCUACCUGAUAGCUCGUGUAUUAUCUUCAAUUGCUCCAGAUCAUUUUAAUAAUGAAUGGUUGACCAAAAUCAAGGGUGAUAUAUCUUCUGACAACUGGAGAUUACGUAUAUCUAAUUUAAAAAAGGUUUUAGAUAAAAUAGUUGACUGGUAUACUGAUGUGCUUAAUCAAAAUAUCUCUACAUGGAUUAGUUUACCUGAUAUUAAUGUUAUUGGAAAGGAGUGCAAUAGUGAGCAAUUAGGCCGUUUACUUCAGUUAGUAGUCGGCAUUGCUGUUCAAUGUGAUAAAAAAACCGAAUACAUUGGUGUCAUCAUGGGUCUGGCUGACGAAAUUCAACUCGUUGUUAUGCAAGCUGUCCAGGAAAUUAUGACAGUUGGUAGAGAUCGGGAAACUUCAAUAUCAAUGACCUUUCCUGAUUCUCUCAACACUGACCAGAUUCAAAUUUUAAAAGAUCAGCUACGUAAAGCACUCGAUGAGCUAUCAAUUGCAAAUGAAGCCCGUGAAUUAGCCGAUCAACGGUUAUUUGAAAUGGAGAAAGCUUUAAAUAUGUUGAAGGAAGAAAAAGAGGCGUUGAUGCAAGAAAAUGAUAAAUUGGUACAAAAAUUAUCCGAUGAAACUAACACAGAACGUGGUUGUGAACGAGCCGAUCCAUCGGAUGCAAGUCUAAAAGAUAGACAUUAUAAUAAACUUCAACUUCGAAUUGAAGCGUUACAAGAAGAUCUGUACAAAAUGGAGUCUCAUAAAGAAGAAUAUAUGGCUAAAAAUGAAAUCCUUGAAAACGAUUUAAUGGAGUUGAGAUUAAAAAAUGAAGAUCUUCAAAGAAAGGCCAAGGAGGCUCGAGCAUUGAAGGACGAAUUGGACAUUUUACGCCAUGUUUCAGAACGUGUUGAUAAAUAUGAACAAAUGAUAGAGGUUUAUAAAAAUCGUUUGGAAGAGAUGUCUGAUCUUAAGAGACAAGUUAAAACACUGGAAGAAAGAAACAGCCGCUUGGUUAAAACAAAUGUAAAAUUAGAGGAAGAGUUAAAACGAAGUUCGACUUUGAAAUCACAAAUCGACAUGUAUAAAAAACAAGUUCAAGAUUUACAUACAGAAGUUGCCGAACAAAAUUUGCGUGCUGAUAAGAUUGACUUUGAUUUUAAGAGGCUGCAAGAUAAAUGUACCAUUCUCAAACAAGAGAAAGAUAAAUUAUUACAAGAAAACGAUCGUCUCAAAUCAGAGCUGGAAGAAACCCGGGCUAGAUCAGACAGUGAAUCAAUACUACAAGAUGCAAUUGUCAAAGAUCCCAAGUGCCUUAUUAAUGAAAUUAACAAUCAACAAAUGGAGAGCGUUGAAGAUAUUCGUGAAAAAGUUAUCAAGCUGGAACACGCAAAUCAAAUGUUGCGAGACAAAUUGAAAGACAGCGAUGAUGAAAAAGUGGUCCUACUACAAACCAAUUUGGGUGAUGCAAAAGAAAGAAUAACGGAAUUAGAAGCAGAAAAUCGUAAUCUCAAUCGUUCCAUGCUAGAACUUAAAUCACAAUUACAAGAUCUUACAGCAAGUGGGACUAAUUUCCCUGCCAAUAACCAAGGCCAAGAAUUACCUGAAGAAAUGCCCAGAGAUCUUGAAACUGCAUUACGACGUAUCAGUGAGCUACAACUAUCGGUUAGAAAGAAGGACCAUGAAAUGUCUGAACUGGAAUCAAAAUAUAAAAAAGCUGUUACAAAAGCUCGCCAAGUGGUCCAAAAUUUAGAACCACUAAGCCUUCAAUCACCUACAUCUCGACUAUCCUCAGUAGUAAAUUCCAAUGGAGGUCCGAUGUCAGCACCUGUUCCUAAUCUUUAUUUUGGUGAAAGUAAUAACUCAUUAUACCUUAGUGAUGAUGUUAAUGAGCUUAAAACAAACUUGCGCUUAAAAGAGAGACAAAUCUUUGAUUUAGAGAAAGAUUUAUACAGCUGUAAAGCUUUAAAAAACAUGGAAGAAAAACUGAUGACAGUUGCUUUUCAUAAUUUGGCCGCUAAUGUUCAACGACGGGCAGUUAGCCAACGUAUAAGUAAUUCCAGGUCAUCAUCAAACGCAUCACUUUCUGCUGCUGAAUGCAGUUCAUUCUUGAACAAGCAAAGAAAAGCUCAAACCAGAAGAUUAAAUCUUGCUGCAGUCUCCCCUAGUGAAUUGUAUGAAUAAUUUCAUGAGAAACUAAAGAUAAAUGAAUUAGCAUCUCGGAAUGAUAAUUUGGAUUAAUCAACGAUUGCCUGAAACUUUCAAGAAUGGACUAUUUGUUGAUGUUAUUAAAGCAUGGAACGAUGUAUCAUUUUUGGAAUUAAUUGAAAACAAAAUGAUUCCAUUCGCAUAAUUUGUUAACUGCAUGAAUCGUUGGCCUUGUUAAACAUUAUUUUUUUAUCAAGACAUCAUUAUUAUUCAUUACCACAAUAUAAUCAUGUAAAUUAAGUUUGUAGACUAUUUGGUUAACUUACCUGUUAAAAUUAUCACAAGACACUCAUAAUCUUGAUUAUAAUAACUUCACAUUCUUCAUAUUGCUCAUUUGGAUAAUACAAACUGUGUAAAGUUGCACAUUUAACUGAAUCUAAAUAUCAAGUAAAUUAACCAUAUUUUCUUGAAUUACUGAAUUUCCAGCCAUUUUACUUUACAUUCUAAUACAAUCCAAAAGGUCUGCAAACUUUCAUGAUUCUUGAACGUACAAUUGUUAAUCCUAAAAUUAGUUUUAAAUUAUUUUAUCUAAUUAUUUAUCCAACUUUCUCUAAAUUUUUUCAUUAUUAUCAAUUUAUAAACAGUCUUUUCUCAA